UAGAGAACCUGGCUUUGCUGAUCAUCUGAACACUGCCUCCGUGUCAUUCCUUCUUCCACGACUCCAUCCACACCUUUGGGAACCCCUGGACCUGCUGGGGCUGGACCCCAACAUCUGGCGCUGGAACAGCCGCGGGGAGAGCACGGGUUGGGCAAUGCAGCCCCUCGGCAGCACCCGGGUUGCCCUGCUGCGGGAGCCGGGGCUGCCACUCACAGCUGUCACAUCCCUGUCCAUGAGUGAAGAGUCGCUGGGGCUUCCGCUCACAGCUGUCACAUCCCUGUCCACAAGUGAAGAGUCGGUGGCCGCGAGGGAAGAGCCCGUGGAGGCAGUGGAAACCCCGGGCCCCAGCUGGUGCCCGCUAUGCUGCUCCUCGCUAUGCGGUUCGCGUGCGCAGCCGGAAGCCAAGAAGACAGCACCCUGUCGUGGACUUGGUCUGUUUUACGCGUUAUUGUCUGCCUUCCUUUUCUCAGCGGCCUCUUUCCUUGUUAAAAAAGUGCAAGGCCUCCAUCCUGUAGAAAUUAGUGCAUUCCGAUGUGUGUUCCAAAUGUUAGUCAUUAUCCCUUGCUUAAUAUACAGAAAAACUGGGUUUAUAGGCCCUAAAGAUCUACGAAUCUUCCUCGUUCUCAGAGGAGUCCUCGGUUCUACCGGCAUGAUCCUUUUAUAUUACGCUUUCCAUACGACGUCCCUCGCCAAUGCCACGGUGGUCUCGUUUAGCUGUCCAGUGUUUACGUCUCUAUUUGCUUGCAUGUUUCUCAAGGAAAAAUACAACCUUUGGGACGUUCUCUUCACCGCAUUCGCCAUCACCGGAGUGAUCCUCAGCGUGAGGCCGCCGUUUCUGUUUGGUUCCAACACUACGAAGAUGACUGGAAGCUACUCAGAUCACCUGAAGGGCACGUUCGCAGCACUCGGACAAGCCGUGUGUGCCGCCUUGACUUUCGUUAUCCUCAGAAAAAUGGGGAAAUCUGUGGACUACUUUUUGACCAUCUGGUAUUUCGUAGUGGCUGGCCUCCUGGAGUGCGUCAUCAUCCUCUUCGCAUUAGGGAUGUGGAGGCUGCGGAACUGUGGGAUGGACACGCUCUUUCUUCUCCUACUAAUCGGGCUGUUUGUUUUGGGGGGUCAGGUGUUUCUCACCAAAGCCCUUCAAAUAGAAAAAGCCGGGCUCGUAGCGCUAAUGAAGACCGUGGAUGUGGUUUUCGCUUUGAUCUCUCAAACUAUUUUCCUGCAUGAUAUACCAACGUGGUGGACGGUGGGUGGCGCGCUCUGCGUAGUAGCCAGUAGUGCUGGAGCGGCCAUUCGUAAUUGGUGUCAGGAUCCAAAUGAAGCAUCACUGCGGAAAUGUGCAUUUUUUACAAGUCCACCUUCACCGAGUACAAACACACCACAUAUGCACAUACUUGGAAAACCGGAAUUUACUUAAUUGAUUA